AUGCAGAAGAUGGCCCCACACUGCUCCUUCGCUCGCUGGCUGCUCUGCAACGGCAGCCUGUACCGGUACAAACAUCCCUCCAAUGAGGAGCUCUGUGCCCUGGCUGGAAAGCAGCGACCCAAGACCAAGAGGGACAGGAGGAUGAAUGGUGUGAUGGAGGACAAACCCCUCUCUGUGCCUCGGGACAUUGACCUCCACUUGGACACCAGUCCCAUCACCGCAGUGGAUGCCCUUGUGCUGCGAUAUUUCCUGGAAUACCAAUGGUUUGUGGAUUUUGCUGUCUAUUCCACUGCUGUGUACAUCUUCACCGAGGUCUACUACUGCCUGGCUGACCCCCAGAAGGAGACCAACAUGGGGGUGCUCUGGUGUCUGCUGACCGUUGUCUUCUCCAUCAAGGUGUUCUUCAUGGUGAUGCGCCACUACUUCCGCUCAGAGGAGGGAGGUGAGCGCUCUGUCUGCCUCACCUUCGCCUUCUUCUUCCUUCUCCUCGCCAUGGUGGCCUUGGUCAUCCGGGAGGACUACCUGGAAUUCGGCCUGGAGCCUGGGCUGGCUGGAGUCAGCAGCAACCUGGAGAACCUCCUGAAGCAGCAGGGCUGGGAGUGGACGGUUCCUCUGGCCAAGUUGGGCUUCAAGCUGGGGCUGGUGGCUCUGUGCUCCUUCCUGGGGGCCUGCCUGACCUUCCCCGGGCUGCGCCUGGCCCAGACCCACCUCGACGCUCUCCGCAUGGCAGCUGACAAGCCCCUGACCCAGGUCCUGCUCCAUGUGAGUUUCCUGGCUCCUGUCCUCGUGGUGGUGAUGUGGAUCAAGCCCAUCUCCAGGGAUUUCCUCCUCAAUGCACCCAUGGGCAAGCAGACCGUGCAGAUCCUGUCAGACUCUGCCUACAACAGCACGAGGCUCUGGGCCAUCGUUGGGCUGUGCCUGCUGCGCCUGGCAGUGACCCGAAGGCACCUGCAGGCUUACCUGGGCCUGGCUGAGCGCUGGGUGGAGCAGAUGAGGAAGGAAGCUGGACGUAUCCCUGCCCUGGAGAUCCAGCAAAAGGUCACCAGGAUUUACUGCUACGUGGCCGUGGUCAGCCUGCAGUACCUGGGGCCUGUCAUCCUCACCUUGCACUGCACACUGCUGCUGAAGACACUAGGGCACCACUCCUGGGGGCUGUACCCAGAGCCCUCUCCCCUGGCUCCAGCAGUGACAGCACCACCACCACAUCCCCACAGCGAGGAUGGGGAGGACGUGCAAGUCGUGGUGGAGCAGAUCACAGGCAUCUUGGACUGCAUCUUCACCCCUCCCUUCCUCAGGGGACUCUUUGCCUUCCUCACCUGGUGGGUGUCUGCCUGCCAGGUCGUCACCAGCCUCUUCGGCCUCUACUUCCACCAGUACCUGGCAGCAUCCUGA